AUGUCUCAGUUUCUCUUUGGGGACUGCCACUCCUAUGCCAUUGUGGGCCUGUCAAUCAAGAGGCCAGGACAUCCUUUGGCCAACGAAUGGGACUGGAAGCAAAGAGAAAAAGCUAUGCACUCUGUGAAGAGUCAGAUUCUUGUGACAGGAGUUAUCUUAUCGGGAGGUUUUAGCUCUGAUGUGUCUACCAGUGAUGGGAAAGACAGAACAUGUGGAGCUGCCUCUUUCAAGAAAAACCAGGAGAACGUUUCCAAAAAGAAGACAAUAUCUCUCCUUGAGUGUUUCACUCAGAUUUCCUUGGUCAUACUUUCUGGGGCUGCUGAAGCUUGCCUCCUUACAGUCAUGGCCUAUGACCGGUUCCAGGCUGUGUGCCACCCACUGCUGUACAUAGUGGCUAUGAACAGAAAGGUAUGUACUGGCCUGGUGGGAGCCUCCUGGGCCAUAGGAAUGGGGACUGGCCUGGUUAACACCAUCCUUCUGGCUCAGCAGCAUUUCUGUGGCCCCAACCUUGUCCACAGUUUUGCCUGUGAGCUCCCCCCAGUGCUCCCGUUGGCCUGUUCUGACCCCCACAUUAGUAUCGCCACCAUCCUGACCACCAUGGUGGUUCUGGGCCUUGGCACCUUUGUCCUAUCGCUGGGUUCCUAUACCCGUAUCAUCACAACAGCCCUGAGGAUCAACUCUGCCACGGGUCGAAGCAAGAUCUUCUCCACCUGCUCUUCUCAUUUUCUUGUUGUCACCAUCUUUUAUGGUUCAGGCAUUUUCAGGUACAUGACUCCAGCAUCCGGCUCAGCCCUGGAGCAAGUGCUCUCCGUGCAGUACAGUGUGGUGACCCCAUUGCUAAACCCCCUCAUCUACAGUCUGAAGAACCAGGAGGUGAAGGCAGCUCUGAGGAGGAUGCUGGCCAGGAAGCCCAGGCUUACCUUCUAA